UGUAGCUUUGAGACCGGUUGUUGUGUAGCAGACGUUACGGUGGGCGGACCUAGAAGACAGAGCUCAGACCGGAGUUUGCUUGGGCUGGAUCCCCGACGUGACACUUCCUAACGGACGUAAAUAUCAUCUUUUUACAACGUAUUUUUUCCCUUUGUUGCCAGUCAGACAUGGCUGCCCAGUGUGUAACCAAGGUGGAGCUGACUGUGUCCUGUGACAAUCUCCUGGACAAAGACAUUGGCUCCAAGUCGGACCCUCUGUGUGUCAUGUUAAUGAGCACUUCUGAAUCUCAGUGGUAUGAGGUGGAACGCACAGAGAAAGUCCAGAACUGCCUCAGUCCAAAGUUCGCGAAAAAGUUUGUCAUCGACUACUACUUUGAAAUAGUUCAGAAACUGAAGUUUGGGCUUUAUGACAUUGACAACAAGACUAUUGACCUGAGUGACGACGACUUCCUGGGGGAAUUGGAGUGUACCUUGGGCCAGGUUGUGUCUAGUAAAAAACUGAUCCGACCACUCGUCUUGAAGAACAAGUCACCUGCAGGAAAAGGGACCAUCACAAUCAUUGCAGAAGAAAUAAAAGAUAAUAGGGUGGUGAAUUUUGAGGUGCAAGCGAGGAAACUGGAUAACAAGGAUUUCUUUGGGAAGUCUGACCCUUACUUGGAAUUCUACAAGGCAACAGGAACUGGAUGGCAGCUGGCUCACAGGACAGAGGUGGUGAAGAACAACUUGAAUCCAACAUGGAGACCCUUUCGAAUCCCCCUGCAGUCUCUCUGUGGAGGAGACAUGGACAAAUCGAUAAAAGUUGAGUGUUAUGACUAUGACAACGAUGGUUCACAUGAUCUCAUUGGAACUUUUGAGACCACAAUGACACGCCUCCAAGAAGCAACACAGACUUCUCCGGCAGAGUUUGAAUGCAUCAACAGCAAGAAGAAACAGAAAAAGAAAGCCUACAAGAACUCUGGUGUUGUGAGCGUGAAGCUGUGCAAGGUGGUGAAGGAGUAUACAUUCCUAGAUUAUAUCAUGGGAGGCUGUCAGAUCAACUUCACUGUGGCUAUCGACUUCACAGGCUCCAAUGGGGAUCCCAGGUCUCCUCAGUCUCUGCACUACAUAAGUCCUCAGGGUGUUAACGAGUACCUCUCUGCUAUCUGGUCUGUGGGCAACGUCAUCCAGGACUAUGACAGUGACAAGAUGUUUCCUGCCUUCGGCUUUGGAGCCCAGAUUCCUCCCUCAUGGCAGGUGUCCCACGAGUUUCCUCUCAAUUUCAACCCAUCAAAUCCAUUUUGUGCAGGUGUUGAAGGCGUGGUGGAGGCUUACAGGGUGUGUCUGCCCCAGGUCAAACUCUACGGUCCCACCAACUUCUCCCCUAUCAUCAACCACGUGGCCUCCUUUGCUAAACAAGCCCUUCAGCAGACCACUGCAUCACAAUACUUUGUUCUGCUCAUCAUCACUGACGGAGUGAUCACAGACAUGGAUGACACCCGCAGCGCCAUCGUCAACGCCUCUCGUCUGCCCAUGUCAAUCAUCAUUGUCGGAGUAGGUGGGGCCGACUUCAGUGCCAUGGAGUUCCUGGAUGGAGACGAUGGACGACUGCGUUCACAGACAGGCGAAGCCGCCAUGCGAGACAUCGUCCAGUUUGUGCCGUUCAGACAGUUCCAAAAUGCUCCCAAAGAAGCACUGGCAAAGAGUGUGUUGGCAGAAGUCCCCGGUCAGCUUGUGGAGUUUCUCAAUGUCAUGAAACUGGUUCCACCCAACUCCAGUCCUGCACCAAACCCUGCGGCGAACAUCUGAUACUACAAGGAGGAACCCAGAAACAGACCACUCUCAUCUCUCAGAAUCCAUCUUCAUCACGUCCUGUAAUUAGAUUCCAUCCUCCCUGAACCUCACUAAUUCAACUUUUUUAUUCCACCACCUUAAUGAAUACCAGGCUGCAGCUUAGUUAGUGACGACCAGCAAAACCAAACACUGUAGUUCUUCCACACUGUUGACCAAUCUUUCUUUCUAAAGUGUCAGAAGAGAUCUUGCUGAUAGGUGUAUGCAUGUAUGUUCAUUUUAGCAGGUUUAUCCGGUGCUGCUGAAUCGAAGAAAAAGAAAAUUAUCAUUAGAUCAUUCCAUCAUUUUAAAGGAAUAAGUUUAUAAGCAGGAAACUGCACUACUAAAAAACUUUAUUGGAAAAAGUAUGAAAGAUAAAUAGCACAAUUAUUGAAGUCAUCAGUGUUUCUGUAGUACUUGUAAAAAUGUCAUUGCCAAAAUGCUACUCUGGGUGCUGUUUUUUUUUAUUUUUGUUAUUGCAUUAUAAAAGUUUGCAAUUUAUUUGUAUGCCUAUUUCAUGGCUGCAACAUCAAGUUACAUUAAUUAUGUAAAAGGCUUGUACAUGCUAAGUUAACAAAGAUGAUAUUUUAAUCAUGGAAUCUAGAAAUACAUGAGAAGCUGGUGUGAAGAAGCAUGGACUAGCAUAGGUUAGUGACCCCCCCCUCCCAUAUAUGAUGUUUACAUCCUCAGAGAAAUAGCUGCAGUAUAACUAGUAGCAUAAUUUUUUAUAUAUAAAGUUGCUUUGUAGUUGUUGCUGUAGGCACAUGGAGUAUAUAUCUAUGUAAAUGUCUGCUGUUGCACAUGCUCCCCUAUGCACUCACCUGUAAUAACUAUAUGAUAUACAGAUCUAGUGAUUGGUUUUACUCACUGAAGUGCCAAACGGUGUGUAUUGAUACCUCUAAGUAUUAAUCUGAAAUAUUGUGAUAACUGGAAAUAGUCAUGGUAGAUCUAGUUGUAUUGUGGCAGCACUCAUCAUCCACUAUAUAUUUGUUAAUUUGCUGUGGUCCACCACUGUGCCAGUUAGUUUAUCUUUCACAUUUUGAUUGGCAAAGACACUGUGGGGUAGUUUCCUGGACAGGGACAGACAGGACCAUUUUGCCAAUGGUAUGACCAUUGAAUUUUGAUAUAGUCAAGGUUUAAGCUCUGUUCGGCAAACUGGCCUCAAAUUCAUAUACACUCUGUUUAUUUUUUAUCAGUUAAUAAGUAACACCUAGCUAAAACUAAUGCAGUCUAAUCCAACAGUCCUGUAACAAAUCUUCCUUCAUAAAAGAUCUACAUCAGACAUCAGAGCCUUCAUGCAGGAAUUAUUACAAAACUGUUGGAUUAGACCGCAUUAGCUUUAGCUAAAUGUUCCUAAUAAACUGCUAAAUGAAUGUAUAUCAGUGUUAAACCAUCCUGUAGAAGGUAGAUACAGUGUGCUGUUUAUUUCCAUUAUGAUUUUUUUUAUUAUUGUUUUUUUUAUGAUUCUAUAUAUGCUAUGACAUCUAUAAAACACGUAUCUGAUGUUUCAUGUUAUGUAUCAGAAAUGCAUUAUGUGCCUUAGUGUUAUCAUCCAAAAAGUGCAUCAAGCCUGCAAAUAAAGUACCUCUAAUUCAGGACAAA